UCUCUUGCUCUUCGUGUUGUUGAUGAACAGCAGAUCGAUCGUCAUUUUACUGAUAGCGACCUGCAGGCCCUGUAUACAUUUGAACCUGAUAUUUGGGAUGAAUCAACAACUGACAAAAGGCCUACCUCAAAUGUGCCCAAAGAUCGUCUUCUUGCUGAUAUGCUUCUAGAUCAUCUCUAUUUGAUCUCUUCUUAUCAUAACCACGAUUCUUUGAUCGAGAAUCGCAUUGAUGAGGGUCUUACUGAAUCUGAGCGUCAAGAAGCCUGGCGUGAGUUUGAGGAAGAAAAGAUUUUAGGCAUGUCGCUUGCCCAACACCAACGUCUGAUGGCCCAAAAUCAGCAAGUGCUUCUUUUCCAGCAACAACAGCAACAGCUCCGUGUCUUCCAGAUGCAACGCCAAAUGAUGUGCGCUGCGCAACAGAACGCACUCUCACUUAACCCAGUUGCAACAUCUACCGGUUACCAGCCGACUGGAGGUGUGAUGGCCGGCCGCCUGCGCUAUCCGAACACACCACUGAUGUCGCCUGCUUCUGCUACAGGGAUCCAUAGCGCCUUUACUGGCCAGGCCACAGGAUCUGAUCGACAGUUUGCCCCUGUUUUUCCUGGAAUCUCAGAUAUGCCUUUGCUUCCUUCUCAACAUAAAAAUAGUUUGACUAACAAAGGGCGAUUGUAUAAGCCCGUUAGUGUAGGAAUUGGCAACCCUGGAAAUCUCACCACUUCCACCGAUGUUUCUACUACCGUUCCCGGAAUUCCAGGCUUAAGUAAUUCGAAUAAUCUACCUCUUGGUGCAUUAGGGACUGGCAUCUCAGGUCACGACCCCUUGGCCUCCUUUCCUGGAUCGGGAUUAUCUGUUCUCUCCGGGUCUAGUAUGUUUUACUUAAUGUUUCUGUUUAUCAUUUUGUUUUUACUACUUUUUUCACUGUUGGAGAGACCUUCAUUUCGUAUGAAAAUACACGAAGAAGAAAUUAGUAGAUCUCAUCAGAAGACGACGGCUGAAUCCCUUUGUACUGUAAUCGCUCGGCCUUAUUACGACAUUUAG